AAAUCAGAGGAUUUUAGUUCCAGUAGGUGUGCUGCUCUUGGGUAGCAGGUGUUCAAGACCUCCCAGCCCGUUUCCUUGCUUGAAAAAUUGUGAAACCCAUCUUAACUCGCUCAUGGAGUGUUAGGUACCUCGCUCGGCAGGCCUCGGUAGUAUCUUUUGCAUUCUUAGGAUUCGGAUCACGUGUCUUCCUCACAGGCUGAACUGGAAGACCUGACUUCAUCUCUUGAGUUCGUAGGUUCUGUGACAUGUAUAAUACAAGGCUGAAGAGGGUUUGUUGUAAGACCUACAAAGCCUUCAAAUGGAUUCAGUGAGAGUUGCUCAUGGUGGCCUUGCUCCUUCUAGAAGGUGUUUCAGCAGUAAACAGAAGCAACCUUGGAUUAGAAAAAGGGUGGGCUCCACUUGAUUCCUUAAGUAUCACUUUAGUUUUAUAAUCAGUAUGUAGCAGGAGACUUUACUAAUGCAGAUAGAUUCUAAAGCUUUUGCUUUAAGUCUAAUUCACAAAGAAACCAAAGUCUGUGAUCCUUAGUAAUAAUAGCACCACUUACUGAACAUUUCAUGAGGUAGGCAUUCUGCUUUGCACUUUUAAGCAAUAUCAUGUUUAAUCUUACAGCAAUCCUAUAAAUUGGUCAGUAUUGUCAGUGCCUGGUAGUAAGACCCAGGUUUGAAUUCUAGUCCAUUUGACUUCAUACAUUUAACUAACCUGUGAUUUAUUUACUCUAUAAAUCAGAACAAUUUGCUUUGUCCCCUUUUUUGGGGGCAGGGGUGUCUCACUAGGAUUGGACUAAUGAGAACCUGUGGCAUGUCACACAAGUCUCUAAAAUACAUUUUCUCAUUAUAUACACCUCCAUACCUUUUUGUUUCUUGUUCUCUUUGUUCCAGGAACUUGCCAUUCAUUAGCUCUACCAUAAUAGACUUUUUAAAAACCUAUUCUCUUCUAGUCCAGCUGCUCAAUUUCCUAUUUGUAUUCAAUUUACAAUAUGGUUUAAUUUUGAUUAAAAACAUAUUUCCAGCUGGGUGUGGUGGCUCACACCUGUACUCUGGGAGACGGAGGUGGGUAGAUCACUUGAGGUCAGGGGUUCGAGACCAGCCUGGAUAACAUGGCAAAACCCCAUCUCUACUAAAAAUACAAAAAUUAGCUCUGUGUGGUGGCAUGCGCCUGCAAUCCCAGCUACUUGGGAGGCUGAAAAGAGAGAAUCGCUGGAACCCAGGAGGUAGACCCAGGAGGUUGCAGUGAGCUGAGAUCAUGCCACUGCACUCCCACCUGGGAGACAGAGUGAGGAGACUCCAUUUCAAAAAACAAAACAAAACAAAAAACCAUUAUUUUCUGAGUUGUAUAUAUAUUUAAUGUGCACAACAUGAUAUUUUGAUAUGUGUACAUAGUGAGAUGAUUACUACAGUCAAACAAUUAACAUAAUUUUCUUUUGUGUGCGGUGAGAGCACCUGAAAUAUCUCUUUGAAAAUUUCCAGUAUAAAAUACAGUAUUGUUAACUGUAGUCAUUGUGCCAUACAUUAGAUCUCUAGACUCAUUUGUUCUAACUGUAACUUUAUAGGCUCUGCCCAAUCUCUCUCCAUGCCUCCCAACUUCCUGUCCCUGGUAACCACCAUUCUACUUUCUGCUUGUAUGUAUUUGACUUUUUCACAUUCCACAUAUCAGUGAGUUUAAGCAGUAUUUUUCUAUCUGGCUUAUUUCACUUUGUGUAAUAUCCUUCCAGUUUCACCCAAUUUGUUGCAAAUGGCAGGAUCUCCUGUUUUAAGGCUGAGUAAUAUUCCAUUGUAUAAAUACAUGCCACAAUUUCUCUAUCCAUUUAUCUGUUAACAGACACUUAGGUUGGUUCCAUAACUUGGCUAUUGUGAAUAAUGCUACAAUAAACAACGAAGUGAAGAUAUCGCUUCAGGAUAUUGAUUUCAUUUCCUUUGAGUAAAUACCCAGUAGUGGGAUUGCUGGAUUAUCUGGUACUUCUAUUUACUUUUUUUUUUUUUUUUGAGGCGGAGUUUUGCUCUUGUUACCCAGGCUGGAGUGCAAUGGCGCGAUCUCAGCUCACCGCAACCUCCGCCUCCUGGGUUCAAGCAAUUCUCCUGCCUCAGCCUCCUGAGUAACUGGGACUACAGGCAGGCACCACCAUGCCCAGCUAAUUUUUUGUAUUUUUAGUAGAGACAGGGUUUCACCAUGUUGACCAGGAUGGUCUCGAUCUCUUGACCUCGUGAUCCACUCACCUCGGCCUCCCAAAGUGCUGGGAUUACAGGCGUGAGCCACAGCGCCCGGCCUUCUGUUUACUUUUUUGAGGAGCCUUCAUACUGUUGUCUAUAAUGUCUGUACCAAUUAACAUUACCACAUUACCUUACAAAGGAUCUUUAGAAUGGUCACUGCAGGAAUAAAUGAAUGAGUCACUAACUAAAGCAUGUGUGUGAAUAAGCUGGAAAUCAAAAACAGCUUUGAAAAAAGAUUCCCAAACAGUGAAUUGAAGAGAUAGGGAAAAUCAAUUAGGUAGGAAACAGGUGGCAAUUAGACGUCUGUAGAUAGAGCUUCUCUCCCUCAAUCAAGGUAAUAGGCAGCAGCUCCCAUUAGAAUCUAAAAUAAAUGGAGAAGCCAGGAAUUAAUCUGAACCAACUUGAUCAGGAGAAAGAAGGGGCGGGUGAAGGAGGAAGGCAAAAUAAGGACACAAACCGCAGUAGGAUAUUAGGCUGCGCCUGAGCACCUGCUGAGCGGAUGGAGCGCUUUGUCCGUGUUCCCCAUGGCUUGUACCAGGGCUAUGGGAACACAGUACCUUUAGGCCAGCCUGGACUCUCAGGGCAUAAACAGCCCGACUGGAGACAAAAUAUGGUUCCCCCUGUUUUCCUGGCUAGGCCAGGGCUCCUGGUGCCGGCGAACGCUCCUGACUACUGCAUGGACCCUUACAAGAGGGCGCAGCUUAAGGCCAUUCUCUCCCAGAUGAAUCCCAGCCUGAGCCCGCGGCUGUGUAAAGCCAACACCAAGGAGGUGGGCGUGCAGGUGAGCCCGCGGGUGGACAAGGCUGUACAGUGCUCGCUGGGGCCUCGCACCCUGAGCAGCUGCUCCUCCUGGGACGUCAGAGACCCCCGGAACCCCCUGCCAGCGUGCGGGGUCACUUCGCCUGCCACGGGCCACGGGGGCUUGAUCUGCCUGCGGAGGGAUGAGGAUGAGAGGGAGAGCAAGGCACUCUCGGGUCCUGCGGAGGCCAGCCAGCCGCUGUCACCACCAUCAAGGUCCGAAGCUGAAUGGCAGGAGGAACCCGGGCAGCUGGAGGAAUCGGGGGAGAAAGACGCCCCGCGCAGCAAGCAGGCGCCUGGAGACACUGCCGCGAAGCCGCUUCGGAGGUCUAACUUCCAGGUUUUGGAACCAAAAUACGGCUAUUUUCACUGCAAAGAUUGUAAGACCAGGUGGGAGAGUGCUUACGUGUGGUGCAUUUCUGGAACUAACAAGGUUUAUUUCAAACAACUCUGUUGUAAAUGCCAAAAGAGUUUUAACCCUUAUCGAGUAGAAGCAAUCCAAUGUCAGACCUGCUCAAAGUCUCAUUGUUCCUGUCCUCAAAAGAAAAGACACAUUGAUCUAAGGAGGCCUCAUCGACAGGAACUGUGUGGUCGCUGCAAAGACAAGAGAUUCUCCUGUGGCAAUAUUUACAGCUUUAAAUAUGUGCUGUGACUCACACAGGACCCCUGAGCUCUUCUUGUAACUUACUUUGCUGCCUUCCUUUUCUGCAACUCGGUUCUGACCUGGCAUUGGAAAAUGGACUAGGCUUUUGUACUUUUUGUAGGUUGUGUAACAGUUGUACAGUGUGAAUAGAAUAAAAUAAAUGCAUG